CUGUCACUGUCAAUUUGACAUCGUUCUACACAGAAGUCAUAGAGAUCUCCGUAUCGGAUUUUGUUUUUCUAUAAAAUAAAAUUGGCUUAAUAAUGGCACAAGUGGCAAAACGUGAUCUUGGAUUUUAUUUGAGAAUAUUGAGGAAUGUAUUGUUGGGUCGCCAUAACACUUCAUCUUUGAGAUUCGAUGUAGAAUGCUCAGCAAGAGACCAACCACCACCAAAUAUUCCACAUGGGCCAGCUCACAAAUUGUCUGCAAAUUACUAUGUGAAUCGCGAUCCUCGCCGAGAAGUUACCCCACCAAUUGAUCUAACGAAAAAUCUUCUUCUCGGUUCUGGUGAAUCUGAAGUAGCUGAAGUAAAAGGUACAAGAAUGCAAGGACUUCCAACGCCGGGAAAGCCAUAUCAAUGGGAUUAAAUUGUAUUCAAUUGUGUUAAUUCUUGAUACAUAUUAGUAAUGAUGAUGAAAAAAUUGUGAAAAUAAAAUUAUUUAAAUGAAUUUUA